AUGAAAACUACUGUUUUCUUCGUAAUGGGAAAUGGGAUUACACUAGUUCUGAGUGAACUAGAGAGUAAUACAUUAAGCGAUAUUAUUGAUAAAAUAAGAAGCACUCAAAAAUAUUCUACAAUUUUUGAAGUUUUAAUAUCUAAAAUGGUCCAAUAUACACUGAAUAAAUCUACUACUCUGUCCUGUAGCUACCAAAUAAUCAUUGGAAAGUACAAGCAAUUUACAGGGUCUUCAAAUAUAUUUAAAUUGAGAAGUUUGCGCCAGCAUAUGAUUAAACUUGGGUAUGAUCUGUGGAAUUUCUAUCUAUAUUGCGAACAAUUGGCAAUAAUGAUGAUAGAGUUGAAUACGAUACCUUUACAUGAAGUAAAAGAUAUACCGGAACAUGGGACUCAUAUGGAAAUGCUAAGAUGUUUUGCAAAGGGGCAUAAGAACAAAGCCAUGGAUCUGAAAAAUAUUAUUGAUGAUCCAAAUGCUUUAUUCAAUAAAAGCUUCAAGAACACGCUAGAGAGAAGAGAAGCUUCCCAACCAGCCACUGUCGUGGGCAGUGUUAUGCAGGGGAUAUUUCUUUCAGCAGCGAUGUCUCACAAUAGUCUGUUUGGUGUUAGCCGCCGAAACCAAUUAAAUCUCAGGAGGGCAUUUUAUUUCUUAAAACUGGAAAAGGGAGAUGAAGAAGAAGAACGAGCCGAAGAAGAAGCAGAAGAGGAAAGGAUGACAGCACUAUAUUUGCCUGAUUUACACACUAGAAAAUUCUGGAAGAAAUAG